GACCGGAAACCGGCUGCAGCCGGUGCAUUUGCUCUCGUCACGUUCAAUAUAAACACACCAGCUGGGAAGCGGAGAGCAGGACCUAAAACCAAAGCUAAAGGCAGUGACUGUGAGUGUACUGUGAACGUAGUAGCUACAACACUCAUCAGACGAUCGACGACCAUGCCGUUCAGGAAUAUUGCCGUCGGAAGGCCGGAGGAGGCGAUCCACCCUGACGCCCUGAAGUCGGCGUUGGCGGAGUUCAUAUCGACUCUCAUAUUCGUGUUUGCCGGGGAGGGCUCCGGCAUGGCCUUCAACAAGCUCACCCACGACGGCUCCACAACCCCUUCUGGGCUCGUGGCGGCUGCCCUGGCACACGCUUUCGGUCUUUUCGUCGCCGUAUCCAUCUCCGCCAACAUCUCCGGCGGCCACGUCAACCCAGCUGUCACCUUCGGCGCCUUCAUCGGUGGUAACAUCACCCUCCUCCGUGGCAUCCUCUACUGGAUCGCCCAGCUCCUUGGAUCCACCGUUGCUUGCUUGCUUCUUAAGUUCGCCACCAACGGCCUGACCACCAGUGCUUUCGCUCUGUCCUCGGGAGUGGGCGUCUGGAACGCCUUGGUUUUGGAGAUCGUGAUGACCUUCGGCUUAGUUUACACAGUCUACGCGACGGCCAUUGAUCCAAAGAGGGGCAGUGUGGGAGCAAUAGCCCCCAUCGCCAUCGGUUUCAUAGUGGGUGCGAAUAUUUUGGCGGGUGGCGCGUUCGACGGCGCUUCAAUGAACCCGGCGGUGUCGUUUGGGCCCGCCCUGGUGAGCUGGACCUGGAGGAACCACUGGGUCUACUGGGCUGGGCCUCUGAUCGGCGGUGGGAUCGCCGGUCUCGUGUACGAGUUCUUCUUCAUCAGCAACACUCACGAGCAGCUGCCCUCCACAGACUACUGAGCAAGAAAAUCAGGAAACUGGGUUUAAAUGCCACGGCUUUUCUCUGCUGUAUUUACUUGUUUCGAGGGUUGUUUAUUGUGUUUAAUUUAAUUGGCCACCGUUGAUCUUUAUCAUCAUCAUCAUGAUCAUCUCGCCACAGUUGUUUCUCAUUGAAUUUUAUCACUGUAAUUCUCAAUUCAGGGUGUGUGGUUGUGUUGUUCUGCUUCGGAUGAAUGAUUUCAGUUCUUUAAUUUCAAUUUCAAAA